CCUUCCCCCUUAAUCCCUCCUCCUUUCUCCGUGUUUUAUUCUCUUGUUUUUGAUUCCCCACUCCCAUAUAUUUCCAAAAAAACCCUCGAAACCUUUCUAAAAGAGAAAAAGAAAGCUCAAAUUUAAAUCAUGGUUUUCUCAUCUGUUCCACCCUAUCUUGAUCACCACAAUUGGCAUCAUCAGUUGCAUCAAUCAAAUCAUCAAGGAACUGGAGGAGUUGGAAGUGGGGUUGGUGAAAACCCUAAUCUUCCACCUCCUCCGCCGCCUCCAGCACAGCAGCCUGGAGGUGGCGGAGAAGGUACAGGAACGAUCAGACCAGGAUCUAUGGUCGAUCGGGCUAGGUUAGCCAAGAUACCCUUGCCUGAGCCGGGCCUAAAUUGCCCGCGAUGCGAUUCAACCAACACCAAGUUUUGCUACUUCAACAACUACAACCUCACACAGCCUAGACACUUUUGCAAGACGUGCAGGCGUUACUGGACUAGAGGAGGAGCUUUGAGAAAUGUUCCGGUUGGUGGUGGUUGUCGGAGAAACAAACGAAGCAGCAAAAGCCGAAGCUCAAAGUCUCCAAGACAAUCGGGCCCGAAAUCGGUAAGUGUUAGCCCUCCAAGAAGUACUAACUCGGAUAUGACAAGUACUCAACUUUCACGUCCACCUUCACUUCAUUUACCAUUUAUGAGUUCUCUUAGUCAAUUUGGAGGUGUUGGUGGCAAUCUUAGCUCAAAUCUUGCUGGAUUUCAGCCUCCAAGUGAUCAAAUGGGGAAUUUUCAAAUGGGAAAUGGUAACAUUUUAUCAAUUGGAGGUGGAGACAAUUGGAGACUCCCUUUCUUGCCUGGAUUUGAAGUACCAAACAACAACAAUAACAACCUAUUUAACUAUCAAACCGAAGGCGUUGGAGCGCAAUCAUCUUCCAUGGUUGGAGGAGACACUAGGUUAAAAAGCAGUUCUGGAAUUGAUAACCCGAGCGAGGGAUCGGUGAAGAUGGAAGACAACCGAGGGUUAAACUUAUCAAGGCAGUUUUUAGGUAUGUUGGGAAAUACUACUAAUCAACAAGCAUGGAAUGGAAACAACUCUUGGGGAGAAUUUCCUGGUGUUUCACCUUCAACUACACAUUUCCUAUAAUUAAGGAAAGAUUGAUCAGUCAAAUGUUGCAUGUUAUCAAAGUGAUUUAACUUGUAUUUUCAAUCUCUAGCUAAUUCCUAGCUUGAUGUUAUCUACAUCUCAAAGUCCAAUCGAUCGCUGAAGAACCGAAGGAGAACCACUGGUAGGUAUACUUUAUGUUAAGUUUUAUGUGUUAGUAUUAUAUGGUGUUGGUUUAAUUGUUCUAUUAAUGUGUAUGAGAGUUUAAUUUUCUUGUAUUUGGAAGUAUUUUACCAACGUGUGUGUAAGUGUGUGCUACUACUAUAUCUGUUGAUUAUGCUAUAUGAUCACUGAUGACAUUGAUCAGCUAAUUUUUCCAUCCA